AGGCGGAGUUCGGCGCGGGUGGCUUGGAAAAAAAAAUGGCGGCGUUCCUGUUUGAAGAAAGCUCUCUGCCGAUGGACACAUUCUCUGACACACUAGGGCCCGAUAACCAGGAAGGGCCGGGUGCGGAGGACCUGCCUAUGGUGUUCCUCUGCGCCAGAUGCAACCGGAUUGUAGGAGACACGCUCAGCUGGGAGACUAACGACGAGGAUACCAAUUGCAUCCUGCUUAACAGUGUUACACGCAAUGUCUCAGUAGACAAAGAGCAAAGACUUUCAAGCCAGGCAGGUGAAACUGGCUGUAUUCUUGAAACCUUGUUUUGCUCUGGCUGCAGCAUGAACCUUGGAAACAUUUAUAGAUGUACCCCAAGACAUCUUGACUACAAACGAGAUUUGUUUUGCUUAAAGGUAGACUCUCUAGAAAGUUAUACCUUAGGGUCAUCAGAACAAAAAGCUGACAUUGAUGAGGAACCUCUCACACUUGAAAGUCGAGCUAGUUUAGAAGAAUCGUUAGAAAGGGCAGAAACAAUACUGAAAGUACUAGCACAACGGUUAUCUGCAGUGGAAUCAAGUUUUGCAGCGUUUUACAAUAUUGGCUGAAAAAUAUGACUAUUGCUGUAAAAUUGUUGGAUUACUGCAAGAGUCUAGUCACAAAUUAUAAAACUCUACUCAGUCUUCUAAUUAAGAAUACAGACACUUGAGAAACAAAAUCUCUGAAGUUGAAGAAAUUUCUAGGAAAUCUUGUAAAUACGCCCACAUUGGUUCUUUUACAAUAUUUUUAAUCUCAAACAUUCUAAAUGAAAUUCCAAUAAUCUUGUCUGUAUUUUUGUCCUUUCUGUUUUGUAUACUGCAUACAGUUUCUUACUUUGGUUGGCAGCUUAGAUUGGAAUGUACAUAAUCCACUUUUUGUGGAAAAGAUGAUUGGAUACCUUAUGGUUUUCAGAGCAUUACAGUUGAAUCUUUUAUGUAUUGUAGCAGCCAUGUAAUUGUCUACUAGUUUAAGAUAUUGAUAUAUUAUAUGUAAUAUACUGGCAGAGGCUAUAUCCAUACAUAUUACUUAGCUUGUAUUGUUCCAAUGUUUUUUUACUGUACUUUGAAAUAUUCAAGAAUAAAAAAACUCUUCCAGAAAAUUCAAACUAAUGGCAAGAAAUUCUUAAUUAAAAAGAAAACCUAGAAAUGAAUUGACUGUACUAGAUACUUUACAAAAUAAAGUGGCAAAAUGUACAUAAUUUAAAGGUUUGUCAUUGUAUUUUAGAAGAAUUGUUUUUUUAAUAUCAGGAAUGUUCUUUAAAAAUCAAAAUACUUAGUGCAGUGAUGUAAACGUUUCAGUAAAAAUAAAAAAUUAUAGUUGAACUGGAAUUUAAAAUUCAGUUAAGUUUUAUUGUGAGUCUUUGUGCUUAUUUAUUACUUUAUUCUGUAAUGAAGUUACAUGUAAUUUGCCACACUGAAAUGCCUUUUAUGUUCCAAAUAAAUCUAGGUGGGAUUAGUCAUCACAGA